AUGCUCGUGCUCCUCAGCGGCGGCGCUGGAUUCGGGUCCGCCGGUCUCGGGGAAGAUGAGACCCGCGGGACGGGAGGGGGUCUCGUUGCCAGCUCCGGGGCUCAUCGUCCUCGGCGGUGCGUCUGCUCGGGCGGCUCCUCCGCUGCGGCGUCGAGCUCGGGCGCGGGGAAGGUAGUGAUUACCCCAAAGAUACGUCAGCAUUUGCACCUAAGAACAGCAGCAACCUACGUCAGCGUUUUCAUUGGAAAUAUGCUUCUCAUUUGUUUCAAAGAUCCAACAGACACUUUUGUUGCUCCUACAAAUCGCAGGUUGCUGUUGUUCAGACUGGCUUCAGCCACACCUGUUCAAAGCACGGUACAUCCAUCGGUCCUCUGUGGAAGCACCACAAAACAGCAAAGGUACUACGUCACCAUCGUAUGCCAAUUAUCUGUACCCAAUACAAAGGAUACACAUCAACAAUACACAGGCAUUGGAAGACUAAACGCAUACAGCAUGCACCCAGAUGAAAUUGCAAAAGAGAUUGCAGUACCAUUUAACUUAUAUGUCGCCAUUUUCAAGGCGCCUGUGUGGCUCCAGCCUUCAUCUGUGCCACUUCAAUAG